UCGGAGACAGCUGACGUUCCGUUCGAAAAAAUGGUGUCGGAAGAAAAGUGGGCUUAUGUGUGGAAAAAGUGAGAAAAGUGUUGAAAAAGGUGUGAAAAUGUGUCUGGAUUGCAUGUAAAAUAGCUGACAAAUGUGAAUUAAAGUGCACACGAGUGUUGGAACGUGAAGAAAUACAAUGAAUUGCCAUCAAAUUCUCAGUGGGGCCUGCAAUGCUGGGGAUCGCUGUUUUGCUGUUGGCUCCGUCGAAGGUGUCCCGUUUACAGCCUAUGCGGCAGGAUGCAAUAUUGUCAUUCUGGCGAGCACCUUCGAGCGUAUUCAAAUAAUUCCCGGAGCCACUCACAAUUACAUCCGAAUAUCCGCCCUCGAUUGUAGCACUGAUACGGGUAAAAUCGCUGCAGCUUAUGAAGAUAAAGUGUGUAUCUUUGAGCCCACUCCACUCAUUCACGGGGAUGUCCCAUCGGAACAUGGCUUGGAGUACAAGUGGGUGCAAACCGGGAGUCUUCAAGCCAGCUCCCACAUCAGUUCUCUGUCGUGGAAUUUGGAGGGGUCGCGGCUCCUGACGGGUGGUGUGAAUCUUCAGAUGUGGCAUGAGCGCGUGUCGAAGGUGGAUGAUGAGCAGACACACACUGUGACAUUUGAGAUUGGCGGUGAUCGUGAUCCAAAGACGCCGACAGGUGAGGAGGAGACAGAGAUAGGGUGGGAAUGUGUGUGGAAGUGCCACACAGCGACGCCGGUGCAUCACAUGGCAUUCAGUCCGGAUGGGACGCUGUUUGCCACAUCGGGAAAGAGUGAUCGUCUGGUGAAGGUGUGGUAUGAGAACAAGCAUCUUCUGUUUCCCACGAAGAGUCUCGACUCCGCGCACUACACUUCUAUGCAUUCGCACCAGCUGCCACAGGAGCUCAACUAUGGAUUUGUGUAUGUUGCUCAUCCACGUGCUGUGACUCAUUUGUCGUGGAGGAAGACCAGCAAGUAUAUGCCAAAGGGUGCUGUAUCAAAUAUGCUGGUGACCUCCUGUCUAGAUAAUAUAUGUCGCAUCUGGGUGGAGACAGUUCUGCCCGAUGACGGUUUGGUCAAUAUGAAUCAGUUUGAUCCAUUGGCAACGCAGAAUCCCAAAUUCCGGACGCAUCGGCACAAGCAUCGCUUCAUGCAGCGCCUCAAGCACAUGAAGACGUGCUUCCACAUUCGCCGCCAUGCCAAGCACCAGGGCGCCCUGGGACUCAAUGGCAUGGGGCCAGCUUUUGGUGGUCCGGGGGCGGGGACAAAUCUCGGUCAUGCUCCGAUUCCGUCUCUUCCUUCCACGUACAGUGUUCAUGAUUUCCACUCCUAUGGCUAUCAUGGCACUGGCGUGACUCCUGGGCUGCACUUUCACCUGGCGGCGUCAAUCAAUGCCGAGACGGAUAUUCCACUGGUGCCGUCGAUGCAGACCAACGAUCCCUCGACUCAGCCCAACUUCAUUCUGCACUGGCUCAACAACAAGGAGAUGCACUUCUCCCUGCAGGCGGAGUCUAUUCUCCAGGAAAUGGCGAGAAAGGUGAUUGAGAAGGAGGACAUGCAGAGUAUGUCGAAUGUGAACAGCGAAGCGCACUCUGAGGCUCAAGAGGCUCAGGAGGAGCCACAUUCUGAGGCCGGUGGGGAGAAGAAGAAGUCAUCAAAGCCCAUCAAGUCCUUUUCUCACGAUGAGAGUAACAGUGAUGAACACCACACGCAUUCCAAUAGGUCAGGAUCUCAUGCCGGCAUAUUGAGUCAUCACUCAAUAUCCAACACCACAUCACUUAACUCUCUGGCCACGGACGCAGCGGUGCACACAACGGAUUCGCUGGACAUGAAGAUUGAGUGUCUGCUGAGGGACUGGCAUCACAAUCCCGAUCUCCUCUUCUCCAUUCACCCUAUCGAUGGCAGUUACUUGAUCUGGGUGGUGGAGUGGUUGGAUGAAUACCACCCUGGGAGCUUCCGGCAGGCGCAGGUGUCCUUCUCCACGCGCAUCCCGUCGGCCUUCCCUCUCGGAGAUGCCAUGUCCAUGUCCACAACGGUGAGUCUAUACAACACAGGCGGAAAUUUGCUCCACUUCCGUGAUAUGGUGAAAGGUGCCAAGCCCACGGCGCCGUCUAGUCAAGCGGGUGAGAAUGUCCAGGACAUUGGGACGCCGCUGCCGAGUGUGCUGGAGGAGGCGGAGACAGAUUGGACGGCUGGACAGCAGCCUGCCAACGAGGAAGGAGAGGCUACUGGUGAUGGGGAGAAGGAUAGCCAGAAGCAGCCCAACACUGGGGCGUCAGGCAAUGACUCUGGCCAGGGCAAUGAGAGCAACUCUGCACAUUCCGACCUCAUGUCAUCACCGCCCUCUCCCACAAUCUCCAUGGUCACAAAGCACUCAAAUGGAACUCUCAAUCUCUGGCAGCUUACUUUCGCGGACAAGACAAAGUUUACCCAAGUCCUGAGCAUUGGGCAUGCCUCGAGAGUGUCCGGUCAUCGAUUCCGAGUGAAUGACAUCACAUGCCAUCCGGUUCUGCCGCUUCUGCUCACAACGUCACAUCACAACAUUCCAGACAUUCCCACGGCAUCGUCAACAGUGCCCGGGCGCUAUCACAGUGAUCGUCCUGGCCAGGGCAGGGACGUUUGUGCCCCGUCAGGCUUCUGUUCGGAGCUGAUUCUGUGGCGAGUGGACGCCGUGGGGCCACUUUCCCAAUCUGGGGGCGUAAAUGAGUUGGCGAGAAUAAACUCUCCUGAAAUUUCGGCGUUCAGCAAUGUGGCAUGGAUUCCAACACUUCUGCCCAGCACAACUCUCGGCAACCUCAGCAAUUCUUCGUCGGCUUGCUUUGUGGCCAGCGACGGGGAGUGCCUGAGGGUGUAUCAGGCAGUGAUUGAUGCCAGGACGCUGCUGGCGGAAAUCUCAACAUCAGAGCGUCGCAGUCGUCUCAAGGACUCGAUGGUAUCUUUGUCAACGGAGUGCUCAAGUGAUAAUGGCAUCCAUCACACAUCCAUUCACGACAAGAUAAAGAUUGUCUCACAGCAAUCUACAGCCCGUCCAGGGUGUAUUAUUCAAUUGGAUGCUAUCGCUGAUGCCACGCAUGAUUGGCAGAACACGCAGUUCCUGCAUGUAUUCCAGGAACAGCUCAUCACAGGCGAGAGGAGUGACGAGAAGCACUCAGAUCCAAUUGAGGGAAUGAAUAUUGGUUUGAUGGAGACACAAAUGGGGGCGAUGGUGGAUUUGCAGAGGAAUGCUGUGUUUGAGGAGCCCUUCUACAUAGUCAUCCUGGAGAGAACUCACAAUGGUAGCACAAUUCACAUGUGGCGCCUGGUGAUUGCCUCGCAGCCGAGUCAGAAUGAAAUGACAGAGAGCAUGAUGUACGUGCCAGACAGUAAUAUCGUUCAGGACUUGGAUGAUCCUGAGCCGGGACCGAGGAGUUCGAUUUCUGGUCUUAACAUCGCAGCGGAUGAGCAUCACUCGCAUGAGAAACCACAUGUAAGCAUCACAACAACGAAAGUGUGCACUCAAGAUCUCCCUCUGCCUGAUGGUGUGGAUGUGAUUCAUGCCUCACCGGCGGCGGGUCACUUGAGUUCUUCAUCGAUUUAUCCGGCCUGCUUCGCGCCCUACAUCAUCGUGACGGCGUGCUCGGACUCCACAUCGAGAUUCUGGCGCUGCAAAGUGACGAAGCGAGAUGAUGCUGAUCCCAAUGAUGAUGCGACUCAGUAUAGCUAUGAGUGGUGUGAGUGGGAGAUGCUCAGCAAGGAUCGCGAAUCUACUAUUGAGAUCUCUGGACAACCUCUGAAUAUCAGUGCUGCGUAUUCUGGGAGAAUAGCCUGUGCCUACAAGUACGGCAAGUCCUUCACGCGCCCUAAUAAGGGAGGUGAUCCAGAGUCGAGAUAUGUGAAUUUGUGCGUGGCGAUUUAUGAAUGUGAGAGCACUGGCGGCAGCGAAUGGGUGCUGGAAGAUACAAUUCACCUAAAGAACAUCCACCUGCCCAGGAUGCAGAUGGAUCCUCACCUGGACCUUAGCUAUCUUCACGACAACAGGUUCUUGCAGAAGAAGCAGCGCCUCACGCAGGUUCUGCAGACCUUUACUAGUCACGAAGAGGUGCGACAGCAGAGAAAUGGUGAUGUUACACCGGAUAGCUUGUCGAAGCCCAGCGGUUUGCUGGCUGUGCCGAGCUUCAGCACACUCCAGUCGCUGAGAAAGAGCAUCUCUGAGCAUGGCAACACCUGUCCACUGACGCAGAAACAUCUGGUGCAGCUAGACUGGGUGUCCAAGGAGGAUGGAUCGCACAUUCUGACAGUGGCUGUAGGCAGCAAGGUGAUGUUGUAUACUUCGGUGUCCAGUGAUCUGGCGCAGGCCAACAUGAAGGCCAUGAAGGAGUCCCAGUCGACGAACAGACCACUUCUGCGGAAGGCCAGUUCUCUGGCUCAGCCUCAUUUCAACGAUGAGAUCCGUUGGAUGAAGCUCAGGCAGAUUGAUCUGAACACAGCUGAUGGCCUGCCUCCGCUGCCCAUGCAGAUAUCCUGGGUGCGAGAUGGAAUCCUGGUGGUGGGCAUGGACUCUGAAAUGCACGUGUAUACGCAAUGGAAGUCUCGACAGAUCGUGGGUGUGCACGACAUUGAGGAUCUCUAUGACAAUCGCAAUUUGCGCGACGAGGAUCUCCGGACGAUUGCUGCUGAGAGCUCCCAGAGACGCCUGGCGGGUGUGUCAUCGAUGCCUCAUCUGUCCCGCGUGAGUUCCAUGAAUCUGCAAAUGAUGACAACGGAGAAGAAGCGAAAGGCGGCAUCAUCGAGCCAGGGACAAAUGCAUGGCGCAACUGGUGAUCAACCCCAACAGCAUGACUACAUGCCGGAUUAUGGCUUAUUCGAGGCGUCCAGGAUAGCUUGUCCUGUGCUGCCACAAUAUCAUCCCAAGCAGCUGAUGGAGCUUCUGAAUUCUGGCAAAAUACGCUGGGUGAAGGCAAUCUUGGCUCAUCUUGUCCGAUGCAUCAGUGGAACGUACAUGCGCGGUGGCGGCGGCGAUGAGGAGAGCCUCAACAAACAGCGAGGUUGGUCCAGAUCUCGCACACUUUCUGUGAGCUACAUUCCCGGCACUUCGAGUCCUCUCGAACCCAGAGGAUCCACAACACAGAUUCCGGAAGAAUUAACACUGGACUAUGCGGAGAUAACGUCGAUUCCCCCACUUCCAUUGUGGACACUUUUAGCCGCUGACCGGGAAACAGUGACAUCCCAGAAAACUGAAGAAGUCAAGGACUACAAUGAGCUCUUUGAUGGCAAUGUAAAUGAUCAGGACGAAUCUUUGGAUGAUCUAUUGGACGAGGAGACAGAUUCGCCGCGGCGCUUUGACAGGCGCUCAUCAAUUCCUGAGCGCCAGAGUUUGAGUCACUUUGGACCGCGUCAAGGACAAUUGCUGUCGCGCUUGCUAACGCACACUCAUCUGCCGGGCUUGUCCAGUUUGGAUCAGAUGCAUCUGCUCGCUCUGGCGGACACUGUGGCCACAUGUAACACAGACUUUGCGGAAAGAUUUGCCAUCGAUGCCGCCAAGACGGCCAUUGCGAAGGAGAAUCUGACCGGUGUGCCGGAUUCUGAGAACAUUUCCACAGAUUCCCUAGAUGAUUGCGGCCUGAGAUUCUUGCUGGCAAUGAAGCACUUCAGUUAUUUACUGAGAUGCCUGCCGUUGCGCGAGAGAACCAACUUCCAGAAGCAAGGAGUGGCCACAUCUAACAUCGUUUGGGCCUUCCAUUCGGAAAGUGAGGAGGAGUUGCUGAACUUGAUCCCGUCCUACGCCAAGGGCCAGGCGAAAUGGCUGACGCUGAAGGAGUUGGGCGUGGGAUGGUGGGUGAGAAACAACACUAUCCUCAGGCAGUGUGUGGAGAAGCUGGCAAAAGCUGCCUAUCAGGCCAAUCAGGAUCCUCUGGAUGCGGCUCUCUACUAUAUCGCCAUGAAGAAGAAGUCUGUGGUGUGGGGCCUUUUCCGGUCGAAGCGUGACGAGAAGAUGACUCAAUUCUUUGCGAACAACUUCAAUGACGACAGAUGGAGGAAGGCAGCCCUGAAGAAUGCCUUCGCUUUACUGGGAAAACAGAGAUUUGAUCAUGCUGUGGCAUUCUUCUUGCUUGCAAACUCUCUCAAUGACGCUCUCGAGGUGUGUCUCACGAAGCUGGAGGAUCUUCAGUUGGCGCUAGUGAUAACGAGACUGUACGAGGGUGAGCAUGAUCCCACACCUCCGAGCUUCAAGAAACUCCUCUUCGAAGAGAUCCUAGGCUGUGAUAGUGAUGGCAAUAAUCAGGAUAUUAGUAAGGCACAUCCGGAUCCAUUCCUCAGGUCAAUGGCACUCUGGAUACUGAAGGAUUACACAGGCAGUCUCAACACGCUGUUGAUUAACAAUGUUGGUCACGCCCAUGCGGCCUAUCAGGAUGAUGACCCACUUCUCAAGUAUGACUCCAAUCAGUCAGCAAAUCCCAAUGUUUUCAACUUCUACAUCUACCUGAGGACGCAUCCUCUGCUCAUUCGGCAGCACAUUGCGUCGACGGCGAUGGAGAAGAAGAAGACCCAAGUUGUGCUGUCGGGAUUCAGUUAUGGGGACAAUCCAGCGGCGAAGGCGUCCAGAGGAGUGGAUAAGCAGCUGCAAUUGGAGGAUUCGAUCACUCCUCUGGAGCGGCAAUUGUACUUCACGACAGCUCAUGCUCACUUCAAGGCGGGAUGUCCAGCACUUGCUCUCGAAGUGCUGAGCAAACUUCCUUCGAAAGUUCUGGAUCAGGACAGCGGAAGUCUGCUGACCAGUCCAAAUGACAUAAAGAAGGAUGAAAAUGAGAUUCACACGGGCAUCAUAUCGUGGGAUGAGAAGGAGAAGAAGGAAGAGCAGAGCACCAACUUUGACUGGAGUACUCCAGCUGCUAGCGCAGUGGAUUGGAGCACUCCGAUGUCCAACCAGCAGUCAGCGGGGGCCUUCGACUGGGGCGCUACGAUAGAUGGUGGACUGUCGUCAAAUGGGCCUGACGAUGAGUUUAAAAUCAAAUGGGAUGACGAAGACGAGGCGGCCGAUGACAGUGAGGAUGAGGGCAUAAACUUCAAGGUGGAGAAGAAGGAGGUGCCGAAUGUGGCCAUUCAGUCACCGGACGCUGAGGAGACUUCCGAGCAACAGCGCCUCGGGUGUCUGGACAUCAUGGCGCAGCAGCUGAAGUUUGUGGCGUGCCUCAAGAUUCUCAUGGAGGAAUUGUCCACUCUGGCCACAGGAUAUGAAGUUGAUGGCGGUCAGCUGAGGUAUCAACUGUAUGUGUGGCUGGAGCGCGAGGUGGAAGCCCUCCGGCAGCUAUGCAAUUACAGUUGUGCCGAUGCUGAAGCUCAUACAACUGAGGAUGGAGCGGCGAAUGCCGAUGACAGAGACACUCCUGUGCCCAGUGCGAGGACAUCCACGGUGGAGAAGCCCACACUCCAUGAGAUUCUCAUGCAAGAGAAGCAGGACUUUGAGGCGAAGGUGCAACGGGCGGCUAAGCGAAAGCGCUGGCUCAAGGCCAAUGAGACACUGCUCAGGACUCUGUUGAGCUACUGCUCACUCCACGGAGCGAGCGGAGGUGGUUUGGCUUCGGUGCGAAUGGAGCUGGUGCUGCUGUUACAGGAAUUGCAGCAGGAAAAGACACAGCAGCAACUCUUCAGCCCACUUCCCUUCCCCACCACUCUGCCUCUGCUGAGUGCCUGUGUGGCUGGGAAUAAGACAGUGAUUGCCGAUCCAGUGAGAUAUCUUCAGUGUCACACACACGAUAUGCUUCAGACAAUUGUUGAUCUGCAGAAUCCGCCAACUGGGAUGAAGAUCUCCCUAUCGCCGGAGGUGAAUGUUCUCAGGGAGUUGGCUGUGGCUCUGUCUGCCUGCAUCUACCAAUCUUUGUGUGAUUCUGACACGUUCAGUGUCAAACAGGCGUCAGAAUCCAGUGGAUUCCACAGUCCAGGGAUGGAGACUCUCGCGAGACUCAAUGCCAGCUGCCAGAGUUCUCAUCUGAUGACCAAUGCAACGGUACAUCACAGGAAACGAAAGUACUCAUCAGAUGAGCCAAUUACCGUGAGCACAUCGCCGGCAAAGUGGCCAGGAGUGACAAACUUGAGGGCUCUGCUGGCGAGGGAGAAGGAUGAGGACACACCGAGACUCAAUGUGCUUCUCUGCGAGGCUUUCGUGGCGACAUUCAUGGCUCUGCUAGUGUAUGCCCUUCACUCGUGUGACUGCCACAUUCUGUACAGAUUGUCCGGACAGAAGUUCUCCAACAACACAUGGGCUUCUCUGUACGGUGGUGGCGUAAAGAAGCUGCUGCGAAAGGCGACAUCACAUGCCCAGGCGGCUCAGGCGGUGGCCACUCAGGUGCAUCAGGAUAGUGUGGAGAGUCCAAUGGGUGAGGGUGGCAUGUGGAAUGCUAUGACAUCGCUGACGAAGCAACGAAUCAACCUCAACAUGAAACUCUUGGGCAACUUCACGGGUCCCAGUGGAUCGCCGAGCAUGAAGGAGGAUAAACCCACCUACAGGGAGCAAUUUGUCCCACCGGACAUGUCAAUGGUGUCGUACUUCCUCAUGAAGCCCGUCCAGACGGGUGAUCCCGAUGAGGAUGAGUAUGACAGUGCCGACAGUGCUGUGUCGGAUUUGGACGAUGAUGAUGAUGAGGAUGUAUUUGCCGAUCCGUUGGCCAACGACACGAAAAUAUCUCAGGCAUCGGCUGCCAAGAAGAAGCACCGACGCGAGAACACUGAGCACAUUAAUCCCAAUUCACUCUCUUGGUGCAUUAUGAGGCUGGCAAUUGUGAAGUUGGCACAACAUCAGCUGCAUGACUUCAUCAAUAUUUCGGGCAUCGAAAUGCAAGAGUUACCUGUCGCUAGUCCACUAAUUCACGGGAUUCUCCGCACGAUGUCCAUGUGGCAGGAUGCUCUGCGAGAGGAGGUGGAGACUCGUGGUCCAGCUCCAGUGGACUUCAUUCCUGGUUGCUAUGUGGAGUCCGAGGCGAAGGGACCUGCCAUCCACAAGUACCGAUCUCUGCUGGAGAAGUCGAAUACGCCAUUUAGUCCCAUUCAGGCGUCCGCGGCGCCCGCUAGGCGGCUGUGGAAUUACCUAGUGCGUCAGGAUCUUGUGCAGGACAUCUUCAUCAGGGCAGUGUUCGGUAAGAGACGAUCUCUGGUGUCGAUUGUGGAGACAGCAGCUCCAACAGCUUCCUCCACAUCGUCUGUGGCCGGAGGCACGGACACUCCUGGCGGGGGUGGCGGUGGAACUGAGGAGGCAAAUCGCAACAUUAACAUUCCUGAGCCUGUGAGAAUCAUUCACAAGGAUCAAGAGUCCAUUUCGGCCUUCUGUCUCAACAUGGUGAACUCGGGAAUGUUGGCUCUGGCGACACCACGCGAAGUACAGGAAAUGGACAUCUCUCUGCUCCUUGAAUCGCCCAAUUGGCUAGAGGAUGAGUGUGAGUUUGACAUCAUGAAUCUGAGUAAGGACAUCGAAACCAUGCCCGCCAGUGGAUUUCUGGUCAUUCAAACAUCAACGGACAAGAACAUCGUCAAUCCGGGAGUGAACACUGUGCAGAAUUACGCAACGCCAGCGAGUCCACAGCCAGGAAUCGCUGGUCAGUCAGGUCGAGGAGCGUCAGUGAUUAAAGGAGCUACAUUUCCCGGAUGUCAUGAUCCACGCUUCUGUAAAAUGGUCAUUGAGCGUUCAAAGCACAUGUUGAAGCCGGUGCUGAAACACAAGGUGGACAACAUCAAGAGGAUGUGCGCUCACCCACUGAUGCCCCUGUACCUAACUGGUGGGCAGGAUGGCUCUGUGCAGAUGUGGGAGUGGGGUCAUCAGCAGGUUGUGUGCACACCAAGACCGCCUGGAACUUUCGCCAAAGUCACUCGGUGUAGAUUUUCUCAGCAUGGCAACAAGUUCGGCAUCGCCGAUGGGGAUGGAAAUCUCAGUUUGUGGCAAGUGGGACUCGCCUCGCAGUGCAAUAGGCCAUUCUUUACGAUGCAAUGUCACAACAAAGGCAUCACAGAUUUUGUAUUCCUCGGUUCGUGCAGUUUAGUAGCAACAACUGGUCAUAGUUCUGAGAAUAAGAAUGUCGGUUUGUGGGACACACUUCUACCUCAGAAGAAAGCCUUGGUAGCCUCUUUCACAUGCCACGAUCAGGGUGCCUCAAGUGUGGUUUAUGCUCCUCAGCAUCAACUGUUGAUAUCUGCUGGCAAAAAGGGCGAUGUGUGCAUCUUUGACGUGCGACAGCGAGUGUUGAGACACAGAUUCCCUGCCCACGAGAGUGCCAUCAAGUGUCUGGCAAUUGAUCCGCAUGAGGAGCACUUUGUCACUGGCUCAGCUGAUGGAGAUUUGAAGGUUUGGGGACUCACGGUGCACACAUCACUCUACUCAUUCCCUGGCGAGCACGCCAAGGGGAGCUUCUUCAAGCACAUCGGACAGGGUGUCACUCAGAUUCAAGUGGACUCAUAUGGGCAUUUAUUCUCCUGCGGCGCCGAUGGUUCCAUGAAGGUGCGUCAGUUGCCCGAUCGCGAAUCAAUCGUGCAUUCACUGUACUAAAGGAAGCGCGGAGGGCGCAAAAGACAGGAUGGAGACGACAAAAUCUCGGCAAAAGACGACAACUAACGUAAUGAAUACUUAAUUAAAUGGCGUCCUCGGUGUUCUUGCUAGCGUACAUUUACUUCUCUAACCACCCUCCCUCCCCUCCAGAACUGAAGGAUGUUUUGUCGUGGACACACAUGGAGUGAAGACAUACACACAAUUGAAAGAAAAAGAAAAUAUCUUUAUAUAUUAUAAUAUUUAUGACAAUACGAGUUAAUUUAAUUCUAUCUAACUAUUAUACAAUCAUAUUAACACACCAAAAUUGGUAUCUGCUUGCAAAAAAAGAAAAA